AUGGAGGAAUGAUGGGCAAAAUACAAAGGACAAAUACCAUGCGCUGGGAUUUUUUAUCCUGAAGAAGACUGAUUAGAUUUUCAUUCCCGUUCAGGUUUCAAGCUUUUUACUUAUCGUUUUCAUACACCAAAUCCUAAAGCGCUCAUAUUUUUCUUUCAUGGCUUAUGAUCUUCAUCAGGCAGUUUCACCCAUAUUGCUCAGAGAUUAUCAGAAGAAAACUAUGAAAUCCUUGCAUUUGACCAAGAAGGCCAUGGACGAAGUGAAGGCCCUAGAGGAAAAGUAGCUUCAAUUGAAAAUUGCAUAAAUAACGCAAUUGAUUUUAUUAGUGUUGCGAAGGAGUUUUACCCUGAAAAUAUCCCGAUUUUCCUUAUGGGAGGAAGUAUGGGAGGACUUGUGUGCAUUAAUGUCGCUUUGAGAUUUCCUGCGCUUAUAAGAGGGCUAGUGCUUCUGGCGCCAGCAUUGGGGGUUAAUUUAUAUUUUCCUGGGAUAGUUUCAAAAUUUUCAAGAUUUAUUUCUUAUAUGGUCUUUAUCUUUAAAUUUCGUAUGAAAAUUUUGCCUUUAUAAAUAUAGGCAAUUUAAUUAAAAUAGAAUAUAUGGUCAAAUCUUCCAAUUGCGAACGCAAACCCAGGCUUAGCAUCACGAAAUGAAGCCUAUCCAAGCUGAUUUAGAGAAAAUCCUGACAACUAUGCAGGAAAACUGACUAUAGGUACAGCUUCAGCUUUACUAAAAGGUAUCCUUGAUUUGCAAAACCAUUGAAAAAGUUUAGAAACUGCUUUUAUUUUAUUCCAAGGAGGCAAUGACUACACAGUAAGCUUACUCCCCCCCCUCGAAGUUCGACCAAGAUUUUUUUUGGUCGAACUUCGAGGGGGUUUAAGAAAGAUUUUUUUUAAAAAAAAAUUAUAUAGAAUUUUUUUUAUAUAAUUUAGUAGUUAAAAAAAAAAUAUUUAUCAUAUUCUUCUGUAUGGUUGAGAGGGUGUAAGGGUUAGAAAAAAUAGUGCAAGAUGGUUUUGUAACGCUUUUUUAGAACUUGAAUACAAAAAAUCGCAAGCUCACCCCCACAUAGUUUAAAAUUUUUUUGAAAAAUUGCUUAUUUUCCUAGUAAAUUUAUAUAGAUCUUGGUCGAACUUUGAGGGGGUUAAUUUUCCAAAAAAAAUAGGAAUUUUCCCUAUAUCUUGGUCGAACUUCGAGGGGGGAGUUAGAAACUGCUACAAAUUUUGUAAAUUCUUGCCAAGUUGAGGAUAAAGAAAUAGUUUUAUAUGAAAAUAUGAAUCAUGCGGUUUCAUGUGAGCCUGAGAUUUUUGAAAUUAUCGAAAAAAUACAGAUUUGGGUAGGCUGCAGAUUAUAA